AGAGGGGAGAGAGGGGGCAAUCUGUACCACAGAGGAUAACGACAUACUUUAAUCCCGGAUGUUGCAAGAUUCAGGUUAAUUGGGCUUAUUACUUCUCCAAGAGUGCCGUAAUGGAAUAUAAAAAGACGUUUUCUAAAUGCCGUGGUGUCGACCCUCCUCCGUUCCCGUGGGCAAAGUCUGGUGUCGAUUCAAAGGACGAGAUAAAAAUGGUCAACCUGGUAAGAUGUAUCAAAUAAGAGACAUGGAGCCAUCAGAUAGAAAGCGUUGCUUGGAUAUGAUGGAGGAAACAUUCCUGAAUGACGAACCGCUCUGUCAAAUUCUAGAUAUUAAAUCAGACGUAGAAUCAGUGACAACGAUCAGGAACAACUGGGAGAGUUACGCUGACCAAGGGAUAUGCAUUGCUUGCUACACGGAGAAAGAUGGCAUGCCUGAUGAGUUGGUUGGCUUUAACAUCCUAGUUGUUAAGACUACAGACGAUAAUGAAGAGGAUAUAAACAAUGUCGCAGGCGAGUCGUGGAGGAAACUUUUAAAGACCCUAGUGAGAGCGGAAAAUUUGGUGGAUGUCUUUGAAUAUUACGGCGUGGAUAAGUACUUGACGUCGAGUGGACUAACUGUACUGCCUGAGCAUAGGGGACAGAACAUUGGCGCGAAAAUCAUUGCGGCAAGGGAAGCAAUCUGCAAUACAUUCGGUAUAAAAGCCGCGGCAACGGUAUUCACGGCUAGGAGCUCGCAGGUGCUAGCCGCUAAAUGCGGGUACCAACAGCUAGCAGUACUACCUUACGAGCGUAUGUUAGAAGAAGGAAUUGACCUUACUGGCUGCGACACACUAACUGCUAUCCUUAUGGGUAGAACAUACUAGUUGCAAAUAUUUAUGAUAAAUGUCGAAGUCGCAUAAGGGAUGUAUUACUGUAGGUGUAUACAGGAUGAUUCUUAAUGGAUAGUUUAUAAUCUUUCUAUUAAUUAAUUAAGAAUCAUCCUGUAUAAAUGAAGGUUACUGCCGUAAUAUGCUGUCCCUGUUUUAUUCAAAGAGUCUGAAAGGGAUAACAAUAUUUCGACAAUAGAAAAUAAAAACUCAAAAUGUAUCAAAUCUUAAUUUAUUAUCAAAUAACGCAUAGUCAUUACACUAUAAAUGCAGUACUUUUAGUCAAUAUAAAAACCGUUCAGCUUAUUUCAUUCAGCCAUAUCUAUAUAUAAAUGUUCAAAAACACUUCAAACUUAUUAUUAUUUAUUUCUAAUUAAAGUUUUUCUUUUUUUUUCAAUCCAAAUUUAACUGUGAUAUAAUCUAUAUGUGAAUUUAUAACGAAUGGUAUAAUCAUAAGUGUUGCAAUAUUAAAACACAUAAAAACAUGUAGUACUACUUUUUUGAUUAAUAUUUAAGCUACUAAACAUGGCUAUGUUAACUGAAAUAAAAAUUAAAGGUGAGAUAUCACGGGGCGCGGAAAUUGCUGUCAUAUACCAGUAAGCAGUUGCCACCAACUUCUAUAUCGCAUAGGGUUGCCAGGACGCCAAAACUAAUAGCCGGACAGACCAGCCAGUGUCCGGACAUUUGGGUAGAAAGGACACCCUAUAUUAUUGAGGAUUUUGUCUGUCUGCAUUAUCGUCUUCUCUCAGCCACUCUCGUGCCGGACAACCUGGACACUGUUAGUUUAGCCCGGAUACGCAAUUAAUUAGCGGGCAACGAUACUUUUGCAUCUCGCGAAACGCAUCUUUAAUAUGUUCUGAUUAAUAAUUACAGUUUUUUAUACUUUUUAAUUUGCAAUGUCAAUGGACUGGCAAUAUAAUACAUAAACGAUUUAUAUAG